AUGGUUCGCGAUCCACAGCACCCGAUCGGAUUGACGGUGAUUCAUGGAUCGAACUAUUCGGUGUUGUCGAACAAUCUACCGAAGGAUGUCGGACAAGGGCCCAUCGCCGGCUACACGCGCACCAUAUUCGAAGAUACGCCCGUCAUGCAGCCCUAUCUGCUCGGAGUUAUUGUGAGCGAUUUCGUGGCCAUAUCGGCCGUACAGUAUCCCCGGCAGGGCGUAUUUGCUCGGUACAAUGCCAUCCGCAACGGAGAAGGGGACUUCAUUUUGGAAGUCGGGUACAAGAUUCUCAAGGUACUGGAGUCCUACCUGGAGACGGACUUUGCCCUACCGAAGAUCUACCAGGUGGCCGUGCCGGAUUUCGCCGCCGGCGCGAUGGAGAAUUACGGAUUGGUGACCUACAAGGAGGAGAAGUUCUUCUACGACAUCAUCUCCGAUGAGGCAGAAGCACGAAAUCGCCACCGUGGUGGGGCACGAGUAUGGUCACCAAUUUUUCGGCAACAUGGUAUCCCCAUGAAGGAAGGCUUUGCUCGAUAUUUGAAUAUCUGGCCUCGGACAUGGCCCAGUGACAAGCAGGGCGCGGAGGCUGAAACAUGCCGCAUUUCGUCUUUACCGCGUUUUUGCAUUUUUCUUUGUGUUUUCGUUCGUACUUGAGUGGAACGCUGAUGGAAGAGUGAACGGUCGUCGGUCGCCAGUGACAAGCAGGGCGCGGAAGCUGAAACAUGCCGCAUUUCGUCUUUACCGCGUUUUUGCAUUUUUCUUUGUGUUUUUUGUUCGCACUUUGUGUAAACGAUCGACGAUGGCUCGGUGGCAAGAGACCACAUUGCCCGCAUCGUGGUGGUCGUGUUCGUCGUUAUUCCGAGUUCGGAAAUGCUAGUAUCCAAGAGAUUGUUUUUCAGUGCGUCGGGUAUUCUCGCUUAUGUAUUUUUUUGGAUUCUUCGAUGGAUGAUCGGAGAAUCAGCGAGUGGUGUGAACGAGUGCACAUUUAAUAUGGUUGGACCGUUUGCAUGCUGAGACCAAAGCCAAACAUAGAAAACCAGCUGGUCAGGAUUACCCGGUGAGUUCGUUCCUUAUUACUUUUUAUAUUUGAACAUGACAUAUAUGGGGAUUUCGGAGGGGUAGCCUAAGGAAGUUAAAUGAACUGGUUUCCGGGCAAAUGUUCGUGGGGUGGCCAGACUUUGUCACGAGAUAACAAUUAUCAUGUUGUUUUCCGAAGGUCUCCAGUGAAUUUAGCUUACCCUGCUACAACAAACCAUCAGGUAGAUCAUUCCGUUCCGGUAUGACUCUGUAGCCAUAGGUAAUCCUUGCGCUGAUGGUGGGUACACAAUCAUCAUCAUCAUCAUCAU